UCAUUAUGAAACAAGAGGAGAUGCCUCCUGUGAUUUCGUCAGCCGAAUCCUUGGUCCUCAGUGCUUCUUCUUCGUCUUCAGUUAACGGACGUUCUCCAGACCAUUCCCAGGUUAUUUCUGGGGAUUUAAAUUGGGAAGAUGAGGAUGGCUAUGCUGCUGAUUUUGAAGAGGUCCAUGAAUUACUAGAUGAGGAUGUAGGGUUCCAAUCGGGCGUGGACGAGGAAUCAAAUGCUGCGCAGGAGUUCGAAGGAAACCAUGUUCUUCCUGUGGUUGCACCUCGUUUUGUAAUUGUGCAGGAAGAAGAAGCUGUUGUAGGAGAUAACUUUGCACAUCAGGCGGAUGCCAAUCUUGGUGAAGAUUUGAAUGAAUAGCAGCGUGGGCACAUAUCGGAUGAAGGUUCUAGCAACGAACGUCCAGCUACUAUCAAACUCGGACAGAAAGAUGGUACUCAGCUUGAAGAUGGAGUAGAGAAGAAGAGGAGGAAGUUGGAGUAGUUUGCCUUCAAAUGGAAUCUCUAUUUUGUUGCUUAAUUAUGUAUGUACCUCUAAAGUAAGGGUUCGAUUAUUAGGUAGGUACAAGUACGUAGAUGUUU